UCGAACGGCAAACAAGUACAGUAGGUUAGACGCAAACGUUGGGUUGCAAAAAAAAAAAAAAAAUCAAAGCAAUCUUCCCACAUUAGUUUGUAUGGUUUAUUUUUUUGUCUUUUCCUAAAAUUUACCUAGAUUGCCAACUCGAACCGGUAAAAGUCGUUUCCUACACGAAAAGCGAUUGAUUUGUGUCGUUAAAAAAACAAUUUUUAAGUAAAACUUUAUUGGCGCAAUGCAUCUGCUAUGUUAUUAUGUUAGUAUUUCCGUGGCAGCACUUUCGGUGUUGAAACUAUCAACCGCGACGGAAGAGUGCAGUGAGCCGCCCGUGAUUGCGGAAAAAGAAGUGGACUUUUUUUUAUACACCAAACAGACGGCGUUGUUUCCGAUAGAUACAAACGAUGAGCAGACCAUUCUGAACGCUCCUUUGGCAGAAGGUAGUGACAAAAUUGUGUUCAUCGUACACGGUUAUUCCGAACAUCACGACAACAAAACCAUGGAUGCCAUACGAUUAGCGUACAAGAACAAAGAAGACGACAGCAACGUUAUCAUGGUGGAUUAUUUCAAAAUCGCCAACACUGCUAAGGGUUAUGUGAAAUCUGUUUGUGCCGUUUCAGCAAUUAGUAAAAUCAUAGCAGAGUGUAUCGCUUUACUGAAGAAGUUACGUGCAGAGAUAACUAAUUACCACGUGAUUGGAUUCAGCAUGGGAGCCCACGUGGCCUGUAAAGUGGGAACUAUACUGGCUGACCAAGACAUCAUGUUGGACAGAGUCACUGCCUUGGACCCGGCCAAACCGCUAUUCAGUGGACCCAAAAAUGAAGUUAACCGCUCUUGUGCCAAAUUCGUGGACGUCAUCCAUACUAAUAUUAAUAUAAUUGGUAUGGGUGAACCGAGUGGAACGGCUGACAUAUACAUCAACGACGGGCAAAACCAACCAGAUUGUUACAAAAAGACUGGCCUUGUAGAUAUGUGCAAUCACAUAACAGCGCCGUUUUUUUACGCUGCGACAAUAACCGACGGCGACAAAUACAAGGCGACACACUGUUUCGACUACAAAGAAGAGGGCAGUGUAAACGGCGAAUGUGCACAAUUGUACGACGACUACAGACGUGAAGAUUUCAAAGCCAUAGUGGUUAUAUGCAGUGCAAAUGUGGAUUCCACCAAAACCGUAGUGGUCGGCGAAUAUAUGCCAUCAGAUUCUAAGGGAGUAUAUCAGCUGCAAUUUAAAGAAUCUCUAACAGGCAUUCCUGACCCCAUUCAAUCUUCUCCGUCGCUGUGAUUUAUGUUUAAACGGACAUAUGAUAAUACCUACCCGUUUUUUUUCCCCCAUUUUGCUGCCUACACAAGUAUACCGUCGGUAAUGUCAAAUAAGCAGUGGUUUUAUUUUUAAUUAUUUAAGGAGAUUCAAUUAUAAAAUAUAUUGUUCUGUAAUUCUUAUAGUUUCCGUUGUAGUGUUAUAAUAAUAAAUUAUAGCUUUUAAUCAAACAUAUUAAGUGUAACCAGGUCUUCAAACCAGGGUUCCGUAACGUAACAAAAAUGAACUGUUAAAAUACUAAAAUUUAUUACAUAAUACAAAAUAUAUUUGUAAAAUAUAAUUUGGAAACCAGCUUCACUGAACUGAACGUAUCAAAAUGAUUUGAUCAUUAUAUUGUUGCUUAUAAACGUUUUAGAGCGGUAAAAUUUUUUGAACUUAACCUUUACUUAUACAAUUUGUUUUAUUUAUUUAUGAUUAAACUAACGUUGGUCGUUCAGUGUACAUUUCCGUCGAGGAAAGUUGUCCACGCCAAUGAUAAUUAAUUAAGUCAAUUUUCGUGGAGGUUUGAUUUUACAAGUCUUCACAAUAAUUAACUUCUUUAAUAAAACUAUUAUUUUGCAAGUUACAUGGUAAAAAUAUAAGUUCCAAAUAGAUAAUAGUUUUUAAUAGGAUUUUUUUAAAUGGUUUAAAAACAUAACUUAUUUUUUGGUUUAAUAUCAACUUAUUAAAUAAAUAACUAAUUUAUUGAACUAAGGUUAAGUUAAAAAAAAAUAAAAACCUAGUUAUUUUCUACGCUCCACAAAACAAAACAUUGAACCAAGGAUUUGUUAUCGGCUAUCACUUAUUUCUUAUCGUUUCUCUUUAAUAUUUUAUCAUUUUCUCUAAUCUCUUGUCGUUUGUUUCUUAUCAAUCGUCGCGUGGCUCUAAUCUCUUAUCAAUUAUCUGUUAUCACUUGAUAUUUAAAAAAAAUUUGAAUGUUGUUACGCGAAAAUGUAACUUCUUGUAUCCAGCCCAAUAAUAAAUCCACGUUAAAGUGUUAUUUUAAUGAACGUUUACUUGCAUUGGUUCAACGAGCAAAUUAUUUUUUACACGUUCAGUUCAGGGUAAUCGUUGCUGAUUUUAAAACAUAUAUUAUAACGUUAUAGGAUUAAUAGUUCAAUGAACGCAUAAUUUGUUUGCGUUCAAUUCAUUGUUAUUGUUUUUGAACGUAACCGUUCAGUGAACUUAAUAAUAUUUAUAUUGCACGUGACUUUAAGUGUUUUCAAAUAAAUUCCUAAACCUAAUACAUAAUUAACGGUUAUCGGAACCUUGCUUAUAAUAUUUAUGACACUUUUUUUUUUUACAAUAGUUGUAAUGACUGUUCUGCCAUUGUUUCGGAAUCGGAUUGCACAUUCCAUUCUUAAUUUUACAUAAUAUUUUUUUCAUCACUAUUUAUUCCCAUUUGUAGUUUACCAUCCGUGCCUACUUUAUAGCACAAACUAUUGCAUUCGAAUAAUAUUAAUAAAAUACAGUUUGUUCCACACAUAUUAUUAUAUAUUAUAAUUAUUUUUUAAAACUAUUUAAAAAGGAUGACUAAACACUGAAGAUUGGUUCGGAUUACAGAAAUGUACCCUUACCUAAUACUCAUAAGUUUAACAGUU